GCUCGGUCCCCAAGCGGCGGUGGCAGCGCUGACAGCAGCCCGUGCGCUGGGUUCCCGCGGCGCCCAGCAUCAGCAUCCCGCAUCCGCCACGCUCCCGGAGUCCCCGCUAGAGCCAAUGCCCACCAUGGGGAAGCCCACGAGCUCCGGAUUCGACUGGCGCCGCUUCCUGCGGAAUCACUGGCUGCUGCUCUCCACCGUGGCCGCCGUGCUGCUAGGCAUUGCCAUAGGAGUCUUGGUUCGUGGACACAGUGAGCUCUCAAAUCUGGAUAAAUUCUACUUUGCUUUUCCUGGAGAAAUUCUAAUGAGGAUGCUGAAGCUUGUCAUUUUGCCAUUGAUUAUAUCCAGCAUGAUCACAGGUGUCGCCGCACUGGAUUCCAAUGUAUCUGGAAAGAUCGGUCUGCGCGCCGUGGUGUAUUAUUUCUGCACCACCAUCAUUGCUGUGAUCCUCGGUAUUGUGCUGGUCGUGAGCAUCAAACCUGGUGUCACUCAGAAAGUGAGUGAAAUCAACAGGACAGGCAAAACCCCUGAAGUCAGCACAGUGGACGCCAUGUUAGACCUGAUCAGGAACAUGUUCCCGGAGAACCUGGUCCAAGCCUGUUUUCAGCAGUACAAAACCAAGCGUGAAGAAGUGAAGCCUGUCAGUGAUCCUGGGGGGAAUGCCACAGAGGUGUCUGUCACCACCGCCAUGACAACCAUGUCUAAGAACGUGACAAAGGAAUACAAAAUCGUGGGCCUGUAUUCAGAUGGCAUCAAUGUCCUGGGCUUGAUCAUCUUUUGCCUUGUCUUCGGACUUGUCAUUGGAAAGAUGGGAGAAAAGGGACAGAUUCUGGUGGACUUCUUCAAUGCAUUGAGUGAUGCAACCAUGAAAAUCGUUCAGAUCAUCAUGUGUUACAUGCCCAUUGGCAUUUUGUUCCUAAUUGCUGGGAAGAUCAUAGAAGUUGAAGACUGGGAAAUAUUCCGCAAGUUGGGCCUUUACAUGGCCACGGUCCUGAGUGGGCUUACAAUCCACUCCACCGUAGUACUGCCGCUGAUCUAUUUCAUAAUUGUGCGGAAGAACCCUUUCCGAUUUGCCUUGGGCAUGGCGCAGGCUCUUCUGACGGCUCUCAUGAUAUCUUCCAGUUCAGCAACUCUACCAGUUACCUUCCGCUGUGCAGAAGAAAAGAACCAGGUGGACAAGAGGAUCACAAGGUUCGUGCUGCCUGUCGGUGCCACCAUCAACAUGGACGGCACUGCGCUCUACGAGGCCGUGGCCGCCGUGUUUAUUGCGCAGCUGAAUGGCUUGGACUUGAGCAUUGGGCAGAUCAUCACCAUCAGUAUCACAGCCACAGCUGCUAGCAUUGGAGCUGCCGGCGUGCCCCAGGCUGGCCUGGUGACCAUGGUGAUCGUGCUGAGUGCUGUAGGCCUGCCUGCUGAGGAUGUCACCCUCAUCAUCGCCGUGGACUGGCUCCUGGACCGGUUCAGGACCAUGGUGAAUGUUCUGGGUGACGCAUUUGGGACCGGCAUCGUGGAGAAACUCUCAAAGAAAGAGUUGGAGCAGAUGGAUGUUUCAUCUGAAGUCAACAUCGUGAACCCCUUUGCCUUGGAACCCACAAUCCUCGACAAUGAAGACUCCGAUACCAAGAAGUCCUAUGUCAAUGGUGGCUUUGCAGUGGACAAAUCCGACACCAUCUCGUUUACCCAGACCUCGCAGUUCUAGAGGCCUAGCUUCCGAUGACUGGGAUGAGAACGGACAUCUCCACAGGAGCCAUCUCUUAGCAAACUCCGACAUUAAGGAGUGAGAGAAACACUAGGAGUCAACUGUCCAUUUAGUUUGAUAAACAGACCUCCAGAUUAUUUUCUAUAUUUGGCUUUAUAGCCUUUGUUCUCUGGGUUUGGGAAUUGGGGGUGGGGUAGAAUGAAAGAAAAUUAAGAAAGUUGUGUUAUUUGGAUUUUCUAAUUCUAUAAAACAAAGUGUGGAAGCAUAUGAAGUAGUUAACUGUAGGAAUUAGGUAAUGGAUAUGGAAGAGAAAUUGCUUUCUUGUGCAUAGACCAGUGUUUGGGGGUUUUUAAACAAUAUUAUUAUUGGCUACAAAUUUUUACUCAGGCUUUCUAUUGGCGUGACUUCCUUUGCCUUCUCACUUUUUAUAGAUUAUAAUGCAUCUCAACAGCCCCCCCACCCAGUUAAAGUGCCAAAUUUUCCAUUUGACCUCAUCUUCAGUCACUCUCAAACUACUCUAACAAAAAAGAAAAGGAUCAGCAUAAUUCUGCAAUAAUAGUUUAAGAUAGUUGUAGGAUUUAGGGGAAGGGAGAGGGUUUCUUAUUCGAUGUACUGUAUUGGGAUGCUGGUAGCUGUUUAGCCAGUGUACGGUAUAGAACUAUAUGUAUAUGUGUGUAUAUUUAUUAUUUUCAUAUAAUUUGCAAGACAGAGAUCAGUAAUGAACUAUCAAUGUGAAAUAAGACACUCUCCUUGUACUUGAAUCAAAACUGCAAUUCCAAGCCGGGUGGUAGUGGCACACAUCUUUAAUCCCAGCACUCGGGAGGCAGAGGCAGGCAGAUCUCUAUGAGUUCAAGGCCAGCCUGGUCUACAAAGUGAGUUCCAGGACAGCCAGGACUGUUAUACAGUGAAAACCUUUCUCAAAAAACCAACCAACUGCCGGGCAGUGGUGGCGCACGCCUUUAAUCCCAGCACUUGGGAGGCAGAGCCAGGCGGAUCUCUGUGAGUUCGAGGCCAGCCUGGGCUACCAAGUGAGUUCCAAGAAAAGGCGCAAAGCUACACAGAGAAACCCUGUCUCGAAAAACCAAAAAAAAAAAAAAAAAAAAAAAACCAACCAACUAACCAACCAACCAAACCCUGCAAUUCCAGCUGAGGUGUACUUUGGAGCUCACAAGAACAUUGUCAGGGAGCUCUGGGAUGAGACAUGAAGUUGCUUGGUUACUGCAUUUUACCCCUAAAACAGAAAUGUAUUAUGGUGGAACUCUAUGGUGGCACAGCCAAUCAUUUCCAACUCCUGGGCUCAAGCUCUCUCCAGGGAGGAGUCCCUGUGGACACUGAGUAAAUGCAUUUGCAAAGGCAGCUCUCCCAAAGGCUGGAUGUGCUCAGAUCCAAACAGAAGGCUUCAAGGCUUCGCUCUUCAAGUACACUCAGGCCCACUUCACAGUGAAGGGCUGCCCCUUCACUGCCCUCGGUCCCCUCUGCCCAUGAGGGCAGAGACAACAGUGGCAAGCCAUCACCCAAGCUGUGUUUCAAAACAGGCUGCCUAAGUUGAACAAGCCACGUUGCAAGGUGACCAAGCUAUCCCUAUACUGUAUUCUUUUUAAUUUAUUUUAUACAUUUUUUACUUUGGGUCUUUUUUUUUUUUUUGAGGCAGAGUAUCUCUACAUAGGACUGGCUAUCAUGGAACUCACUAUGUAGACUAGGCUGGCCUCAAACUCACAGAGAUCCUUCUGCCUCUGCCUCCCUAGUGCGGGGCUGGAAGGUGUGCACCACCAUGCCCCGCUCUAUACUGAAUUCUUAUAAAAUAAAACCCAGGCCAUGAGCUACUGGUGCCAGUGGUUCAGGGAAAAUGUUUCCAUUUCCUUCUGCCUCCUUAGGAAAGGAUCAUUCGGAGAAUCUUGGCCUUGCUGCUUUGAGUCCUCUGUCUUUCUCCUGCUCAUUUCUGAAGAUGGCUUAUUAAAAGUCUACACUUCUGCUCUCAUCCUGUAAAUAAAGCUCAACAAAAACUUGUACUUAACAUGGAGACAGAUUCUUAAUGCCGCUGUGUUUCUGUAGUAUCGUUAGCCACCUUACACCUGUGGUUUUAUAUUUAAGAAGCCAGAAACUGUGCCAAAGAUUGCAGGGAGGUGAAUGAGAGCUCAGUGUUGGCCACCUGCACCUGAAACCUACAAGAAAUGGACACUGAAUUACCGACUAAACAUCACAGUGACCAAUGACUCUGAAAUCCAAAGUACAAAUAUCAGUAUUCUUUAUAGGAAGUAACUCGAAAUGAAGUUGAAUGAAUACUUUAUUUAGAAAUGAAUGGUUCUAUCCCCCUUAUCAGGUGGCUCUCAUUAAGGACACUAGAGCCGUUCACAAAUUCCUUGUAGCCAGCCACUUAACGCACUGUGUGUGCUGUUAACCGUGAAAAAGGACAUGUUCCAUUUCCUUCUCAAUAAACAUUUCUCCCACUCUUUGCCCCCUUA